AUGGUAUUGAUUUUAGUAUUCAUUUUAAGUUUAGAUUUCGUGUAUUGUCAGCAAAGGUUUACAGUCACUAAUUAUUUGGAGAGCAGACUUGCGUUGGACGCAUUGAAACAGAGUAAAAAUGAAAACAUGAUAGUCUCGACGUUGCCAGUAAGGUUUUCACUGUGUAAACUCGCGUCUGUGGCUAAAGACGAUGCAAAAACGGAACUGCUGUCAGCUUUGGGAUACAAAUCAGAUUUCAUGAUAAAAACCUGUUACACAGGCAUUAAAGAAGUACUUGAUUUUUUGAAAUGGUCAGAUCUUUUGAUGUUCAAUAAAAUAUACGUGAACUAUACUGAUGACAUCGAAACAAAAUUCAUAGCCAAUUCAAGCAGUGUUUAUGGAGUGCAAGUGGAUAGGGUCGGUUUCAAUACACCGUCUAGUGCAAUAUCAUUUAUCAACCGCUGGAUAGAAAAAGCGACUUACAAUAGAAUCAGAGAAAUCCUUGACCAUGGAGACAUCAACCAGUCGACGAGAAUGAUUUUAAUCAGUGUUGCUCAUUUUAAGGCAACAUGGGAAUUUCCAUUCGAUGUCAGAAUGACUGCGGACAAAAUAUUUCAUUAUCAGAAUAAAUCAACUACUAAAACGCCAAUGAUGAUGAAACACAACGAAUUUCUAUAUUACGACGAUAAACUGAACAACUUACGUGUGGGUGGACGAGCUCACAGCCCACCUGAUGUUAAGUGGUUACUGGAGCCCAUAGACAUCCACAACGUGCUGAGCAUAACGCUCGGGAGUUUUGGAACAUCUAUUACGUACAUCAUGCCAGAUGAUCAAAAAGGUCUACCGGGACUUUUGGAGAAACUGGCUAAAGAAUCCAACUUCGUUAAGAACAUAAAAAAGAUGAUGACUCGGACUCGAAUGAGGAUAGGUCUUCCACGCAUGAAGAUUAAAACAACUAUUGAUUGGAUUAAACCUCUUCGACAACUAGGCGUCAACCAGAUCUUCAAUGAAACUACAUCAAAUUUUGAAUCAAUAUUAAAAAGCAAUAGCAUAAUAAAAAAUAUGUUCGUGAACAAAGUCAAGCAGAAGCUGUUUUUGGAAUUAGACGAGAUGGGUGUAUCCAGGCACAGAUCUCCUUUAGAUCCUGAAAUGAUGAGCCAGGACCGAGUCAUGCUUGGUCCCGGGAUCAACGUACUAGAAUUUAUUCUGGACCGCCCAUUUUACUUCAUGGUCACAUUGUCCCUCGAGAACGUCCAACAUGAUUUGUUUAAUGGGGUGUUUUAUGGACCUUAA